AAAACAGAAGUCCACGGCCAGAAUCUGAUGCAUACCCGGAUAAACCGCGGACGCCAACGAACCACGGAGAACGCGCGUAUAGUUUACAGAUGCAAUGGAUGACCUAAAUAAGGACCAGAUAGCUCUGCUGAAGAAAGCCUUCGACGCUUUCGAUCAUGAAAAGAAGGGCAGCAUCGGUACUAACAUGGUGGGUACUAUAUUGACCAUGUUGGGUCACGAGCUUAGCGAAAGCACGCUGCAGGAAAUCAUCAGCGAAGUAGAUGAGGACGGUUCUGGUGAACUCGAGUUCGAGGAGUUUUGCACGCUAGCUGCUAGAUUCUUGGUAGAAGAGGAUUCUGAAGCGAUGCAACAAGAAUUACGUGAGGCAUUCCGAUUGUACGACAAAGAGGGAAACGGCUAUAUAACUACCGCUGUGUUUCGCGAUAUUCUCCACGAACUCGAUGACAAGCUAUCGCCGGAAGAACUUGAUCUUAUGAUUGAAGAGAUUGACGCUGAUGGCUCAGGGACGCUUGAUUUUGACGAGUUUAUGGAAGUCAUGACAGGAGGUGACGACUAAGGCGAGCGACUACGGCUGAUAACGAACGGGCACUCGAAGGCCGAGGUUGGCCGCGCAAUUGGCAAUAUCCGUCAGAGAGAUCGAGCGUUCCUUCUUCAUCAGCCUGCGCACAUACGCUUCUGUAAACUGCUAAAUUACGACCGAGCGGAAAAUUGGACGUUAACGAUCAACUCGUGCUAUCAUUGGCUGACGAUCGGCGGCUUUCAUCAAGGUGCAAGGUAAAGACCGCAACGUUUCCUAAACGCGUUCGAUCGGGCAACGUCAGAAGCCAGAAGAAAAUGGAAUUACCUCCAAGUGCCUGGAUAAAUCGAAACGUUAUUCGUUCGCGCGAAUAAAGUAACGAGCGCAAAUCUCUUCCUUCACGGCGAAACGACGAAAUGGCGAAACGCGCCAAGCUCCUACGCAAUUAUCUUUAAUCGUUGAUUACGCGUCGCUAGGAAAGUUAUAAUUUCCUACUUUGCGAAUAUUACCGGGGAUUUCGUUUCGAGAGUUUACGCGUGAAAGCGUGGGGCUCGGAUAAUUAUAUAAGUCACGCGCGAUAAAUUAUUAAGUUUCGUCUGGAUACUGCGUACUCUUUCACGCAUGAAUACGCGGCGCGCCUGGACGAUAUUACCCCGUGUGCAAAGCAGCGCAUCACGUUCAAGUACGCAAGGCGUUCUCGUGCAAGCGUAUUAUCGAUUACAUCACUGCGACAAAUCGUACAAUUUUCCAAUAAAUCUAAGAUUAAAGAUUCAACGAAUCGCAAAACUUUCUCUGUACGGCACGCGGCAAAAAGAUGAGUUAAAUUAUGUCAUUGAUAGACAAGCUGCACAAUAAGCGCAUAUUAGAUAAAUUUCUUCACGCUUAUUAGGAUAAUUCUAAAUAAAAUUAAUUUUAUGAUUCUACGAAUAUUUCAUUAAGUAUUAUAUUAUAUUUCAUAUUGUUAUUUGAUUCCUAAUGUAUUAUAUUUUUAUUUAUAUCCGUCCUUACAUUUUGCGUGAUAAUGUAAAGUUUAUCAAAUAAAUAUGCAAACCACCUUCAAAUUGUUGGUUUUUUGCAACAGAAUUGAAAAGUAGAAUUCUCAUCACAUAUGCUAUUAAGUACAUACAACAGUGUAAUUACAUAGAUUGUAUUUUUAGAAAAAUAAUACUAUCAUUAAAAAUGUUAGAAAUGUAAAUAACGCAAUGUUAUAUAGAGAAAAACGAUGAUAAAUGAGAAUAGAUUUUACGCGACUAGAACAAAUGUCCAUAGCCGUUCACACUGAUCAGCAGUUGUUCGACUAGUGGCAUUUCCGUUUUGUAAUUGAACCACGUAAUAAUAAGCGCAGCAAUAAACGUCUCGGCAAUCGCACAAACCUUACCAAAUUGGGUAUCUGAAAUGCUUCGUCACGGAAUUAUGCCGCGAUUCUCACGUCGCGAACUAAUCUGUUUCGCGCGAGAACGACCAGCCCGAUAACCUCGCUCAUUACGCUCUAUAGAACUCGGAUCUCGCUCAAAGAACAAUUAUUUGUCGGAAUCAAUAAAACAAGAAAUGCUGCAACUUGGUAUCCUAGUGACCUAAGGCGUUUUAAAGAGAAAUAAGAAGUCAAUAAGAGAACAUGGUUUUGUCAUAUAAACUCAACACUAUAAAAAUAUAUAAGAAUGCAAAAGUACAAAAAACACAUAAAAAUUCGUAUAUUUCGUAUCAAAUAUAUUAAUUAAUUUAAAAAAUUAAUUAAUUCAAGAAUGUUUAUUUCAAAAAUAAAUAAGAUACCUUUUCAAUCUAGAAACUAAGGAAUUAAUAACUGAGACCAAAAUUUUUUUUCUGCAGAUUAUAUUUUACAUUACUGAGUUCACCAUUCUGGUGUAAAAGUUACAUUGACGUAACUUUUUCUCACUAAACUUUCCUCCGGACGCCAUAAAUUCAAAAUGCAGUGCACCAAUUAUUACGCAGCCCGCAGCUGCAAAUAUCAUACAGCUAUUACAAAUAUACGGUUCACUUCCGUUCGCAAAAGGACAAAACCAAAAACAUAACGCAUCUGCAUUCCCAAGUCGCAUUCAUAUAACGUGGAUUAUGUGCAAGGUGGUUGUAAAGAUAAGACCAGCAACUAACGUCAUAUUUUCUAUAAUUGAAAUUAAGUUUCCAUUUUACGGUUGCUCCCAUUUCCGCACUGAUUAUCUGGGAUAUUUCAGUUCAAACGGCGCGCCAUUCGUAAUAAUUUAAUCCAGAAUAAAAGUUCCUUUCACUGAUUUGGCUCGGUCAAUCAAUGACUAUAAAAUCUCCCUCGGACUUGAAAUUGUGCAUUAACGGCGGGGAGAUUAAAUGGCAAUAAUGGUCUGAAAUCCUAUUAUAGAAAGUCGAUAUAUAGAAAAGCAUAUCACAUUUAUAACGUGUGCAAUAGCGCGUGCUGUUAUGAAAUAUAAUAGUAAGUAAGCUGACAUCGUUACGUUAUACCAAAACGCGUGUAAUCCGCACAUCCUGUGCUCCGGUGAAUGUCGUGUUCAGCUAUCCCUUUUUAAGCAACGAAAUAUAAGUUAAACAAGGAAGAGCGUCUAUUUAUAAACGUGAACAGGAAAAUUUGGAUUUAAAGAUUUUUAAAAUGCAAUACAUUUGAACUUAUUUGUCAAUAACAUAAUUACUGAAUUCUCACUGUGAAUAUACUAUAUAUUACAAGUACAAUAUAUAAAUGAUAUUCCUUUGGGUGUGU